AUGGCGAUCGCCGGAGUUUGCCUUUGCACAUUCCUGGGAGCUGGAGGCUGGAAAGUACUCUCAGACUUCAAGGCCCUUGCGCCGCCACCUCAAAUCUCCGAUUUGCCGCUUUCGGUCGUCGUUCUUGACCGUGAAGAUCGUUUGCUCAGGGCGUUUACCAGUCGCGAUGAGAAAUGGCGGCUACCGGUUGAGCUUGACGAGAUCGAUCCACUCUAUGUUCAGAUGCUGCUUUCCUUCGAAGACAAACGGUUCUUUGAGCAUGACGGCGUUGAUGCGCGUGCCCUGAUCCGGUCCAUUUUGCAGGGGGUUCGGCACGGCCGCAUCGUUUCCGGUGGUUCGACGCUGACAAUGCAGGUCGCACGGCUUCUGGAUGAAGCACCGACAAGAAGUGCUCGGCGCAAGUAUGAGCAGGUCCUGAAGGCCGUGAAGCUCGAACAGACUUAUUCCAAGGAGGACAUUCUCCGGCUUUACGUGUUGAGAGCACCCUUCGGCGGCAACCUGGAAGGGGUCCGUGCGGCAAGCCUGACCUGGUUCGGCAAGGAGCCCGGGCGCUUGACGGUGGCCGAGGCCGCACUUCUGGUUGCGCUGCCUCAAAGCCCGGAAGCUCGUCGGCCGGACCGCUUUCCUGACCGGGCCCGAAAAGCACGCAACAGGGUUCUUGCCAGAGCAGUUGUCGCUGGCGUUAUUUCACUGGCCGAAGCUGCUUCGGCCUCUGCGGAACCCGUGCGGACACGGCGCAACAAUAUGCCGCUGAUUGCUGCCCAUGAAAGCCGCCACGCGCGAAUCAUGGCUCCAAAGCGGGCUGUACAUCACCUGACGAUCGACAAGGACCUGCAGUCGGCUCUGGAAGCACUCGCACGAACGCGUGCCAACAGCUUUCCGGUGCCGGUUUCCCUUGCAAUCAUCGUGGCGGACCACCGCAGCGGUGAAAUUGUAGCUCGGCUCGGCGCACCGGACCUGUUGGACGAAGCGCGAUUGGGUCAUAUCGACAUGACCCGGGCAGUGCGUUCACCCGGUUCGACACUGAAGCCAUUCAUCUACGGGCUUGCAUUUGAAGAAGGCGUUGGGGUCCCGCAAAGCCUGAUCAGGGAUCGACCGACCAAUAUAGGGGGGUAUCAGCCAACCAAUUUCGACCGCGCUUACCAGGGGACGGUGACACUGCGGGAGGCUUUGCAGCUUUCCCUGAACACGCCGGCUGUCCAGUUACUGGAAGCAGUUGGACCAGCGCGGCUGCUGGCGCGUUUGAAACGGGCGGGCGCCCGGCCGGUUCUGGAAAAAGGCAAGCCAGCGGGAUUGGCGAUCAGUCUCGGUGGACUGGGUUUGUCGCUGAAGGACCUUGCGCAGGCUUACGGAGCCCUGGCGCGGGGCGGCCAACCGGUCGAAUUCAGGCAUUGCCGGGUGUCAUGUCUUCCGCAGGGGCCGCAACAGCAAUCUCAGAAGGUGCUUUCGGCAAAGGCGGCAGUCAUGGUGAGCGACAUUCUGGUCGGGAUGCCACAGCUUCAAGGCUCCGAGACUCAGCAUAUUGCCUACAAGACCGGGACUUCAUAUGGAUAUCGUGAUGCGUGGGCGCUCGGGUUCGACGGAAAAUACGUUGCCGCCGUAUGGGUCGGACGGCCAGACGGAUCACCGGUGCCGGGGCAGACAGGACAAAAGACUUCUGUACCGAUUCUUUUUGAAGUCUUUCAAAAACUGGGUACAGCACGCGUGCCAUUUCCUCCACACCCGCCUGAUGUCGCUGCCGCACUUGCCGGAGAUGUACCGCUACCGCUCCAGUAUGCCAGAACAUCUGGAAAUCGGAGUGUAUCCCACCAGGAAGACAGGCUGCUGAUUUCGUAUCCACCGGAUGGUGCGGAACUGCACCUGGGGCUGAAGCCGUCGGAAGAAGGACGGCAAUUUUCCCAACCGCUCGUUGUCAAAUUCAAAGGUGGCGUUGCACCCUAUGCGGUUCUUGUCAACGGAGCCCCGUUCCAAACCGAUUCUACUCAACGACAACUGAUCUGGCAGCCGGAGUCACCCGGAUUUGCAAAUGUGACGGUCAAGGAUGCCAGCGGGAAAAGCGCAAGCGUUUCCGUGAAAAUCAAGUAA